UUGAACGCCGGAAGAAUUAACUUCCAGUUUGGAAGCCAGGGUUUGGAUAGCAGCAUUAGCUGAGAAAGGUCUGCAGAAAUUGAUCAUUAUUUCUUUAAGCAAUAAGAGAUGCGAUUACUUCUUUGAAAAGCUGAAUGAUCUUCUGCAAGAAUCUUUAGCAAAGACGAGUUCAUACAUCCACAAAUUUCUGAAUAUCUUCUAAUGGUUAUUGUGAUUUUUGGUGUUCACUGUUCAUAUCCAUAAUUGUGUGCAAGGGAACGGAUUUCUUCAAGCUUAAGCUUAAGCACGAGUCUUGAUUUGAUCUCGAGUCGGUGAGCAUGGUGUCUCCUUGUGACUAUUGCAGGAGAGAAAGAGCAAUGGUUUACUGCCGAUCGGAUGCUGCUUGCUUAUGCUUGCCAUGUGAUCGCAAUGUUCAUUCGGCCAAUGCUCUUACUCAUCGCCAUUCUCGCACCCUUCUAUGUGAAAGAUGCUAUUCCCAACCUGCCACAAUUUGGUGUGCCGAGGAAAAAGUUUCGCUGUGCCAACAUUGUGAUUGGAUAGGACACGGUAGUUCCGUCUCACUAAUGGGCCACAAGAGGCAGGGAAUCAGCUGUUACUCAGGCUGUCCGUCAGCAGCUGAACUGUAUAGAAUUUGGUCUUUUGGUCUUGAUCAUCCACCAAUCCAAGAGUCAAAUUGCAAGCAAGUGUCAGGUUUGAUGAGCAUUAAUGAAAACAGUGUUAGUACUUACUGGAGUCCAUCAGAGGCCAACAACACCAUAGAUUUAACUGGUUUGGACAUGGUGCAUGAUUUAGAAGAUGUAAGUAAGUUCAAUACCUGGAUUGGUUCCUCUUCCGCGUCUGCAGUAAACUCAGUGCCCUGUAGUUUCGUUCAGACCGCUGGAUCAGUAACGCCCAAGCUAUGCUCUAAUGAGAAAAAAGAUUUUGGAAUCUGCAAAGAUAAUUCCUUGAAUGAAGAUUUCAGUGUGGAUGAUGUUGAUUUGUCAUUUGAAAACUAUGAAGAAAUUUUUGGUGAUUUUUAUAACAUGAGCAAGUUUCUGGAGGACGAUGACAUGGAUGGCUUGUUUGAAAUGGACAUGCCAGCCACCAAUUCAACAUGCCAAAGUGAGUUUAUUCAAGAGGUUAAAUCAAUGCAGGCAUCAAGCGGCAAUGUAGUUUCUGCUGAUUCUGUGAUGUCAAAUCCUGGGAUGAAUGCAGAUUCCAAUCUUUGUAUUCCAUCAAGACAAGCUCAUUCUAGUGUAUCUCUUUCCUUCUCUAGUUUAACAGGUGAGAGUAGUGCCGGAGAUUACCAGGAUUGUGGCAUUUCCUCUGUGCUUACUAACAUGGUGGAACCACCAUGGUUACCGGCUUGCCUUGACAGUUCCUCAUUCUCCCCUGCUAACAGGGAUAGCGCUGUCAAGCGUUACAAGGAAAAGAAGAAAAAUCGAAAGUUUGAGAAGAAGAUUAGGUAUACAUCUCGGAAAGUAAGAGCUGAUAUGCGGAAGCGAGUUAAAGGACGGUUUGUUAAGGCCGGUGAUGCAUAUGAUUAUGAUCCGUUGUCUCAGGCAAGGAAUUGCUGAAGGAUUCAUCAACCAAUAACAAACUUUUAAUGGCCAUAGUUCUCAUAGCAAGAUAAAAAAAUCAAUCUUCCAUUCUUAUGGUUCAGAGAGUUUCAGUUAUCAAUGCUUCCUCUUUUUCUGCAUGAUUUUUUGUCUGUGAAUUUUGUUGUAUUCAAUCUGUUGUAACUUUGAUCUGUACUUUGUCAUUCGAUAUAAGAGAGGGUUUUAAAUUAUAUGUAAACCCUCUCAAUUGUGUUGUAAUUGGUUUCUGUAAAUCCUUGAUUGUAAACAUUGCUGUUUAACUUUGGACAACAUGAAUCUGCAAGAAAU